CUCUUAAUGAAGUUGCGAAGAGCCUGAGUUGAGCUGAGCUGUGCUGACUACUUCCAUCUCCAUAGAAACGGAUCAAGUUGGACUUGAAUUUUCUCCUUAGAAAACACAAAACCAGACAGGCUCACCCACAACUCCUUCGGAUAGAUGAGAAGAUACAGGAAGAUAUCAUUUGAAAGUAGUGAACAGCUCCUCUUCUUCACAUUGGUUUGAUCAGUGCGUCUUUCGACACUGCUAGCCCUGAGAGUGAAGAGUCUAGCUGACAUAUUGGGAAAACUUUGUAUUAAUUUUUUUUCCCGAACCCAUGAAAAUCACGUUUUUUUUGUGGACAAUGAUGCGACAAGCAAGCAUCUCCUCAGUGGUGUUUCUAUCUUGCACUGUCAUGCUGGUGCAGGGUGGAUGCCCGCGGCAGUGCUCGUGCCCCACCUCACCGCCCUCAUGCCCACCGGGCGUCAGCUGGGUGACAGACUCCUGCGGCUGCUGUAAGGUGUGUGCCAGGCAGUACAACCAGGACUGCAGCCCUAGCCAGCCCUGUGACCACAUCAAGGGCCUGCACUGCCACCUAGGGUCUGGAGGAGACCCGGAGACAGGACUGUGUCGAGCUGAGGCCAUGGGUCGUCCCUGUGAGCUGAACGGUCGGGUCUACCAACACGGGGAGGACUUCCAGCCCAGCUGCCAGCACCAGUGCAGCUGUAUGGACGGCGUGGUGGGCUGCAUGCCCCUGUGCCCACACCAGGUACCACUACCAGGUUGGCCCUGCUCUCGGCCCCGGCUGGCCAGGCUACCAGGACGCUGCUGCGAGGAGUGGCUUUGUGACGAUGACAACCAUAUCAAGGAGGACUCCAGAGAGGCUGACCACGCUCCACCUCCUUCCCCACCCCAGCACCCUGAUCUUGCCAGCAAUGAGCUGCUCAUGGCUCCCACCCCCUGGGACUCAAGUGCUGGAGCGUCAUAUCAAGAGUGGAUCUCCUCCCCCCAGUCCCAUGCCUUACUUCCCUCAACCUGCUUCCUGCAAACCACUGAUUGGUCGCCUUGCUCAGCCACGUGUGGGAUGGGCGUGUCCAGCCGAGUAACCAGUAGCAACGCUGAGUGUCGGUUGGCCAGAGAGACACGACUGUGCCAGAUCCGGCAGUGUGAUCUGGCUCUCACCCCUUCUCCCAAGAAAGGGAAGAAGUGCCAACGCACAAUACGUCCUCGCAAACCUGUCCGGAUCAAGUUCACCGGCUGCUCUACAGCGCGCCAGUAUCGUCCUCGUUCCUGUGGCUUGUGUGCCGACGGCAGCUGCUGCACUCCUUCUCUGACGCGCACAGUGAACCUUCACUUCCGCUGUCCCGGAGACAGGCAGGACUUUACCCGUAGCGUCAUGUGGAUCCAGCGUUGCCGCUGUAGCCAGAGCUGCCAAAGUCAAGGGCUUGCCUCCCCGGGCUCCCUCAGUCUGCCUAAUGACAUCCAUACCUUCACCCACUGAGCCCCAUGCCUAAACACUAGCAUUUCUCGCAACAAGAACAUGCCCUUGACCUGACUCUGGCCCUCGACUCCAGGGUUCACAUUUGCCCUAAUCUCACUGUCUCCUUCCCUCAUUCCAAAAACGUUUCCUGUUCCCUAACCCCAGGGUUUAUUGCUGCCGUAGCCUCUUUACCCAAGUCUGUGUUCCUUUACUCCAGGACUCCCCCUUACCCAGUCUCCAGUCUGUGUUCCUUUACCCCAGGACUCCCCCCUGCCCUGUCUCCAGUCUGUGUUCCUUUACCCCAGGACUCCCCCUUGCCCUGUCUCCAGUCUGUGUUCCUUUACCCCAGGACUCCCCCUUGCCCUGUCUCCAGUCUGUGUUCCUUUACCCCAGGACUCCCCCCUGCCCUGUCUCCAGUCUGUGUUCCUUUACUCCAGGACUCCCCCUUACCCAGUCUCCAGUCUGUGUUCCUUUAUCCCAGGACUCCCCCUUACCCUGUCUCCAGUCUGUGUUCCUUUAUCCCAGGACUCCCACUUGCCCUGUCUCCAGUCUGUGUUCCUUUACCCCAGGACUCCCCCCUUGCCCUGUCUCCAGUCUGUGUUCCUUUACCCCAGGACUCCCCCCUGCCCUGUCUCCAGUCUGUGUUCCUUUACUCCAGGACUCCCCCUUACCCAGUCUCCAGUCUGUGUUCCUUUACUCCAGGACUCCCCCUUACCCUGUCUCCAGUCUGUGUUCCUUUAUCCCAGGACUCCCACUUGCCCUGUCUCCAGUCUGUGUUCCUUUACCCCAGGACUCCCCCUUGCCCUGUCUCCAGUCUGUGUUCCUUUACCCCAGGACUCCCCCCCUGCCCUGUCUCCAGUCUGUGUUCCUUUACCCCAGGACUCCCCCCUGCCCUGUCUCCAGUCUGUGUUCCUUUAUCCCAGGACUCCCACUUGCCCUGUCUCCAGUCUGCCUUCCCCCAGCUGAUGGAAGGCUCCAUCAGCUGGGGGAAGGACACUGAUGCGAUGUAGUGAACUGUUUUACUCUUACAGCUGCCUAAUUGUGUACCCAACACUUUCUCUCAUUCUCUCACUGGUGGUAACUCCCCCCAUAAUCCAAUGGAUUUGGUUUGGUCUUCACUCACACCCAAAAAUCAGCACCUCCGUAUAACUUCAGUGAUGGACUGACUGACUGAAUUUAAAAGACAGUUGGGGGUGCUUCUGUGUUACUGUAGUUUGUAAUGGUGAAUUGUACUCUGUGGGACUGUACUUAUAACUACCCAAUGAGAAAGGUUAGACUGAAUAUCAGACAGGCAAUCUCACAGAGACAUUUGCGUAGCAUCCCUUCUGACAAACGUCUUUAUAGCCUUACUGCCCUUUUCACUUGUCUGUUUUGCUUGUGUUCAGUAAGUGACAGAUCUGUUGGCGAUUGUGUGCAUUCUACAAAUGAUCUCUGUCAGUGGACCUCCUAUCAAAUUUGAUGGGCAAGAAUAUAAAUGCACAGGUGUUCAUGGUUUACACUCUGAAAUAUGAAUCAUCAUUGUUAUAGACACGGAGGUUUUAAAUGGACCUUUGUAAGUUAUUCAUGUUUAAUUAUUGUAGUGAUGACUUGUAAAUAUGUAUUUACUAUACUUUGUACAGUUAGGCAAUGUUGAUUUGUUUGUCAUUAGGUAUAUAUGUUUGUUUCGUAUCGUCUCUAUCUGUACAGACUUCACUUAACGAUGGAGUGACAUGUUUUGGAUAUUACCUCCUUUUUCGAGGUGCACAGAAUAUAAACAAUAGUGGACCGAGAAUGUAAUAUGUUAAUUUAUAUCACUUUAUUUUUAUUAAUAUAUUCAAUAAAUGUCUUAUAAUGAAA